UGUCAUUGUGUCCGCCAUCGGUUUGUCGAGAGUGGCUGAGCUGUAGCUGCUAACGGCUGUGUUUGGUAACGAUGGCCGCAGGUCCGCUCUCUGUAUCAUCCACUGCAUCUACCAACAACGAUGGUAUUCUCAUCGGUGACAAAGUUUACUCGGAAGUGUACCUUACGAUAGACAACUCGCUUAUACCGGAGGAAAGGCUCUCUCCUACACCGUCGAUGCUCGACGGCCUCGACCUGAACACAGAGACCGACCUCCGCAUCCUGGGAUGUGAACUGAUUCAGUCAGCUGGAAUUCUUCUUCGCUUGCCUCAGGUGGCAAUGGCAACAGGGCAGGUUCUUUUUCAUCGGUUUUUCUACUCCAAGUCUUUCGUCAAGCACAGCUUCGAGAUUGUUGCCAUGGCUUGUAUCAAUUUGGCCUCUAAGAUUGAAGAAGCACCACGACGAAUACGAGACGUCAUCAAUGUUUUUCAUCACCUGAGACAGAUCAGAGGGAAAAAGAAUCCAAGUCCAUUGAUACUUGAUCAGAACUACAUAAAUACCAAAAACCAAGUCAUCAAAGCGGAACGCCGGGUCUUGAAGGAGUUGGGCUUCUGUGUGCAUGUCAAGCAUCCACACAAGAUUAUCGUCAUGUACCUUCAAGUCCUGGAAUGUGAGAAGAACCAGACACUGGUCCAGACGGCUUGGAACUACAUGAAUGAUAGCUUGAGGACAAAUGUCUUUGUGAGGUUCCAAGUUGAGACCAUCGCCUGUGCCUGCAUUUACCUCGCUGCCCGGGCUCUCCAGAUACCUCUGCCAUCUAGACCUCAUUGGUACCUGCUGUUUGGAGUUAGUGAAGAUGAAAUGAAAGAGAUCUGCAUCACAACCCUCAAACUCUACACCAGGAAGAAGCCUAACUACGAGCAGCUGGAGAAGGAAGUGGAGCGACGGAAGGUGUUUUUGGCAGAGGCUAAGCUAAAGGCCAAGGGUCUGAACCCUGAUGGUACCCCAGCCCUGUCCACACUGGGUGGCUUCUCUCCUGCCUCCAAACCCUGCUCCCCAAAUGUGAAAGUGGAAGAGAAGUCCCCAAAUCCCCAGGCAAUUAAAACCGUUAAGAAGGAGUCGGACAGCCGGACUCAGGUCAACAAGAGUCCACAUAAUGGGUUACGGAAGGAGGUAAAGAUCGGAAGAAACAGUAGAAGUGGAAGUCGUUCUCGUUCAAGAACACGGUCACGGUCUAGAUCCCGCUCCCCUCGAAGACAUUACAACAGCAGACGCAGUCGCUCAGGGACCUACAGCUCGCGGUCGCGUUCUCGCUCUCAUAGCCGCAGCCCAUCGCCUCGGCGACAUCAGCCAUCACCCCUCCUCCCCCACCUCAAGUCCAAGUCCAGCCAUCACAGCAAUAGUGACUCCAAGCUUAGUGGACGUCACAGCAACAGUGGAGGUGGCGGGUCUGGACACAAGAGGAAGCGCUCGCGGUCUCGGUCAAGGUCUCGCACUCCUGUCAAGGUGGACCGAGACAGGGACAGAGAAAGGGAACGGGAAAGAGACAGAGACCGCAGCUCCUUCGAUCUCUCUUCAAAGAAACACAAGCACGAGCGAGGAGUUGGACAUCGAGACAGAAGGGAGAGGGAGAGGUCUCGGUCCUACGACAGAGACAGAGAGCGUGGCCACAAGAGCAAACAUCACAGCAGUAGUGGGCACUCAGGACACAGCCGUCACCGGCGCUGAGGCACAUUGACAGACAAAUUCUGGGACUGAUGGUUACUUCAGUAUUUUCAGUUUAUGCAAAUGGAGAUCAAGUUGGACAUGUCCUUUGACUUACAGUGGCUUGUGCUCUGUAGCAGUGGGACCCCUGGUUUGUUCAUUUAAAGCAAGCUGGAUGGAAACAUGCUAAAUAAAAGUACUGACCAGAUGAUAAUGUUGACAUGUAUUUUGUUGGUGAAAAAAGAAAAGUCAACAUGCAAAGCACUCUGUAGUCACGCGACCAUGACUGACAGAACAUGUCAACCUUGUGUUUUUAGUGCAUUACAGGGCAACACUCCAAUAGCUUGGCUUUCUGGGUUUCUCAAUGCAUCCUAGAUCUGACCAAUGAUUUUUCUUUUUUUUUUUUUUUUUUUUUUGUAAUUUUGAAUCCUUAAGCCAGCCUCUAAUAUUAAAACAAAUCUAGUAUAUCCAUACAUCUACUGGGCUUUUUGACACAAACAUUUGUAAAUUUGCCAGUCAUACACCUGUAUUUUCUGCAUCGACAAAUAAUGCAGAAAUAGUAGUGCAAAAAAAAACAUUUAUCAUUAAUAAUAAAGUAUUAGUUGCUGUUUUAUGUACUCUGCAACACACCAGUACUGGUGUCUGGCAGAGAUGGCAAAAGGCUUUGCAUCUGAGAAACCCUGAAAGCCCAUUCAUUGUCAGUAAAACAGGGAAGGCGGCUAUGAAACAUCAACCCCAGGGCUUUGUCGUAUUUUUAUCCCCCAAUCCCUAACACACCUCAGAAUCAUCUAGCCUACUCUUGUAUUCUUGGUUCAACGUGUAAAGUUAUAAACUUUUGGAUAAACCCAUUUACAGUGUAAAGGAUUGAUAUCCGCUGACAAAAUGUGAACGCUUUGAUUUAUAGAAGCGAGCUGUUCAGUGGAAGGUUUGAAUAAAUGUAAAAUAAAAAAUGUCAUUCAGGAAAGAUCUAUAUGUUUGCACAUAAAGAGGUUAAUAGGCUUUUUCUUUUUUCUUUUUUUUCUGUUUUUUUAAUUCUCUACAGUUUUAAGUUGCUUAAAGUAAAUUACUGUUUUUGUUUUUUGUUUUUUUUGCCCCUCCUUCCCAACAGGGUCUUCGGAAUUGGUUAAAAAAUGUUUUAGGAUCAUUGGUUUGUUACACUGGUUUUCAGUCUGCACGUCAUGUUAAAUUUUUAUUCAUUAAUAAAUGAGUUAUGUUACA